CCGAGAUGAGCGGUCGCACCCUCUUCCGCUCCCGAUCGGGAAUCCAAACAACUGCUCGGAUUAUCCCACACUUCCUCCUUUUUCUACUGUGGAUUACGGAUUUAUAUUUUAAACCUCCUCGGAUACUCUACCCUCUUGAAAAUGAGAGUCGAGAACGCGAAAUGGACAUACACAGUGACUUUUAUCUCCACGACAAUAUAUCGGCGAAGCACCUUGGCUUCGGAGCUAACGUGUUAGCAUCGUGCUUGUCUGCACAUCGAGGCAGAAGAAACAUGCCCCUGACUGGAAGGAUAGACAGAAAGUCAAUAAUACUACUAUUACUUCUACUAUCAGGAGACACUGAACUCAACCCUGGACCUGCAACAACACGGUUAAUGUUGUCCCGACUGGCGAAGACUAGCAAUGCUACUGCUAGCGUCGCCAUCGAAGCUAACUCGGCUACCGGCUCGUCUCAGCUCAAGCUUACCUGUGCUCCUGCGGUCGGCGGCUCGGCGGAGGACUUCGCCCCGUUCAUCGACACGGUCGGAGGCUCGGCGGCGGCGGUGGAGGACGACCCGGUCAUCAGAGAAGGCAGCGACUCAGCGGCGGUGAACGACGCGGCGGCUGCGGUGGACGGCGACCCAGACAUCGGUGAUUGCGGGGAACUGCACGAGAUGGCGGGGGUCCACGCGACCUCUCCCCGGUCCCGGACGGCCGAGGACGCGCCAUACACAGGAUUUAGAGACGCCUUUACACAAACAUUUUCGUUAUUCUCUUCCUCUUUGUCUUCAAAAAAGCCCGCCAAAAGGAAACCCAACCCAUCCCCCAGCAACCCUACCUGGCCUCCUCCUCCCUCUCCCUCCCCUCCCCCUUUCUCUCCCUCCCCCUUCACCUGGAGGACGAUCAAUAUGUCUCUCUCUCCUCUCUCUCCUUGCUCUUCAACUGCAACAGCAAUAAUAACCAACAAUUUUUCUGGUCAGUACCACAACACAGCGGACUCUGAUGCUCUUUUUGGUUCCAGUGGACUACACAUCAUCCACCUUAAUGUGAACAGCCUCUCUGGAGCCAAACUCGACCAAAUCAGAGAAAUGUUCCUCAACACGAAGAAAGUGGAGUACAUGUUUGGAAUUGUUGGCGUUCCUGUCAUUGAAGUAGCCAUGGCGGCUCAGGCUGCAGGAAUCAAAUAUGUGGGUAUGCGAAAUGAACAAGCGGCAUGCUAUGCUGCAUCCGCCAUUGGAUACCUCACUGGGCGACCUGGUGCCUGUCUCGUGGUAUCUGGACCAGGACUCAUUCAUGCGCUGGGUGGAAUGGCCAACUCUAACAUGAACUGCUGGCCUGUUAUUGUUAUUGGGGGAUCCUCAGAUAGAAACCAAGAGACAGCAGGGGCCUUUCAGGAGUUUCCUCAGGUGGAAGCGUGUCGUUUGUAUAGCAAAUUCUCUGCCAGGCCAAGCUCUCUGGAAGCAAUCCCUGCAGUAAUCGAAAAAGCUAUUCGCACAAGCAUCUAUGGGCGUCCAGGCGCUUCUUAUGUGGACAUUGCAGGGGACAUGGUGAAUGCCAAAGUGGACAGAAGCAGAGUCAGAUUGGUAAACUGUUGUCCGCCUCCUCCCAUCUGUCUGGCUGACCACAAUGCAGUGACAGAGGCUAUCGCUGUACUGAAAUCCGCCAAAAGACCUUUAGUCAUAAUUGGCAAAGGUGCAGCAUAUGGCCGAGCAGAAGCCGUCCUGAGGGACUUUGUGGAAUUGAGCCAACUGCCAUUCCUUCCCACACCCAUGGGCAAAGGAGUGCUGCCCGAUGACCACCCCAAUUGUGUGGCGGCUGCCCGAUCAAGAGCUCUGCUCCAGGCGGAUGUUGUGCUACUUCUUGGAGCCCGACUCAACUGGAUCCUUCAUUUCGGUCUGCCACCUAGAUUUGACCCUAAUGUCCAGCUCAUCCAGGUUGACCUCUGUCCUGAGGAGAUGGGGAACAAUGUAAGGCCUGCUGUCGCUCUCCUGGGGGACGUAAAUGCUGUUGUCAAUCAGCUGCAAGAGGGUAUUGUUAAAGAUGGCUGGAAGUAUCCCUCUGACACAAUAUGGUGGAGCGUACUAAAGCAGAAAAUUGCAGCCAAUGCAAAAAUCACAAACGCGUUUGCUCUGCGGUCAACGUUGCCUAUGAACUACUACACAGUGUUUCACCACGUCUCCCAGCUGCUGCCACACGAUUGCAUCAUCGUCAGCGAGGGCGCCAACACUAUGGACAUUGGACGCACUAUGUUGAGUAACUACUUACCACGGCACAGGUUAGACGCUGGCACAUUUGGAACUAUGGGAGUGGGCCUUGGCUUCGCUAUAGCUGCAGCGGCUUUGGAAAAAAGCAAAACAAAAGGCAGGAGGAUCGUCUGUGUGGAAGGAGACAGUGCCUUUGGCUUCUCUGGCAUGGAGGUUGAAACCAUGUGCAGGUAUAGCCUACCUGUGGUGGUGAUCGUGGUGAAUAAUAACGGUAUAUACAGCGGAGUAGACCCUGAGACAUGGAAAGAAAUGGCAGCCAUGGGAGAUCUGACCAGCAUAGCGCCUCCUGUGACCCUCCUGCCUGAGGCGCGCUACGACCAGGUCAUGUCUGCUUUUGGCGGCCGCGGUUUCCUGGUAAGGACGGUGGAGGAGCUGCAAAGUGCCUUGCAGCUCAGCUUGAGUGACUGGGAGAGACCCAGUCUGAUCAACGUGCUCAUCGACCCUUCCUCAGACAGAAAGCAGCAGGAGUUUCCUUGGCUGACCCGUUCCAACUUGUAGACUCAAACCUUUCCACUAAAACCCCUGAAAACUGAAGAAUGUAAUAUGUUCCAAUAAUGACUACAAUAUAUUUUGAAUGUAAAACAUUUUUUUUAAUAAAUAACGCCACAAUAAAACAAAUUUAUAUCCAAGAAACUUAA